AACAUUCUUUUUCAUAACUGACAACUAUUCCAGUCGGUGUUUUUUGGCAGAGAACGUUCAUUUUGGGAAAAGGCAAUUUUCGUUUGCAAAUGGAAGGCGCUGUUAAGCAAAACAGUUUGAACGCUUCCCCCUUGCCACAACGCCAGCAGAGGGGCAAUCUGACCAAUAUGAACCUGGGCAAGCACACGCCCCCGAAGCAAAAUGCCGCCAGCGACGGUAAUCCUGCCGAGAAAAAGGCAAAAUUAGGAGGAAACAUCCAGAACGGUGGCGGAGUAGCUGGUGGCGGCGGCAUUGCCGGCGGUGGUGGUGGUGGUGGUACUGGCGGCGUUGGAUUUUCCGGAAAUCGCAAUCGAGGCGGCAAACAAAAUCAAAACCGGCAGGGUUUCCAAGGGGCAAAGAAUGCACACCAAAAGCAGAUUAACGAAUCGCCGAAGCCAGCUGUGGGCAAUGUACCCGCAAAGAACAAUGAACCCUUAGCUGGCAACCGUAGUCCGUCCAACCGUACUAACAACCAGGGUCAGGGCAACCAAGGAGGACAGAACUUCCGUGGUCGUGGCAAUGGCCAGAACCAGCAGUAUCAGAAUGCUAGUCAGGAAGGUCCAGGUGAUCAAGGCGGACAGGGGUUCAAAGGACGCGGAGGUGGCGAAAACCAUCCGAAUCAGAGUGACAACGGCCAGGGUAACCAUGGCGAUCAAGGAGAACAGGGAAACCAAGGAUCGAGUUUCAGAGGUCGUGGUGGUGGCCAAACCCAGCCGAAUCAGAAUGCCAACCAGGAGCAUAGCUAUGGAAAUCACGGCAACCAAGAACACAAUCAAGGAGGACAGGGCCACCGCGGAGCUGGAGGUGGAAGCCACCAGCGUGGAAACCGCUCCAGGCGCUCUGGAGGAUCUGGAGGCAUGAACUACUCAUUAAUGGGCGGCGCUGGUCAGCGCAGCGAAGACUUUUUCAUUGCCCAACGACUGCGCAGCAUUAGUGGACCCACCCAUGAGUUGCCGCCCGUUGAGUUACCCACCGAUAACAAAUUCGUCGGACGCAACCGCUUGUAUGUUGGCAACCUCACCAGCGACACAACCGAUGACGACCUGCGCGAGAUGUUCAAGCCAUACGGCGAGAUCAGCGAGAUCUUCUCGAACCCGGAGAAGAACUUCACAUUCCUGCGGCUAGACUACUACCAAAAUGCUGAGAAGGCCAAGCGCGCUUUGGAUGGCUCCAUGCGCAAGGGACGCGUGCUGCGCGUCCGCUUUGCGCCCAACGCUAUUGUGCGUGUGAGCAAUCUCAACCAGUUCGUCUCCAAUGAGCUGCUGCACCAGUCCUUUGAAAUCUUUGGACCCAUCGAGCGCGCCGUCAUCUGCGUAGACGAUCGCGGUAAGCAUACCGGCGAAGGCAUUGUUGAGUUCGCCAAAAAGUCCUCGGCCAGCGCCUGUCUGCGCCUUUGCAAUGAAAAGUGCUUCUUCUUGACUGCUUCAUUGCGUCCGUGCCUGGUGGAACCGAUGGAAGUGAACAAUGACAAUGACGGCAUGCCGGACAAGACGUUAAACAAAAAGUCGCCGGAAUUCAACCAUGAGCGUAGUGUCGGACCGCGUUUCGCUAGUCUAAAUUCGUUUGAGCACGAGUAUGGAUCACGCUGGAAGCAAUUGCACGAUCUCUUUAAGAGCAAACAGGACGCCCUCAAGCGUGAGUUGAAAAUGGAGGAGGACAAGCUGGAGGCCCAGAUGGAGUACGCUCGCUACGAACAGGAGACCGAACUGCUGCGCCAGGAGCUGAGGAAGCGCGAGUUGGACAACGAGCGCAUGAAACUGGAGUGGGAGAUGCGUGAGAAACAAGCCGAGGAGAUUCGAAAGCGCGAAGAGGAACACAUGCGUCGUUAUCAGAGCCAAUUGCUGCACCAUGAGGAGGACAUGCGAGCCCGUCAGCAGGAGAGCGAUUUGCUAGCGCAGGCCCAUAAACUCAACUUGAUCCUCGAUCAGCAGGAGGGAUUCGUUGGCAGUAACUUUGGCUUCGACCGCUUUGAGUCCCCUUUUGAAGUAUUUGGGAACAACAGCAACAAUUCACCAAUGGCUGGACCUGGAGGUCCAGAUAAUAGGGACGGUUUCGAGCUUGGAACUGGCGGAAACCAAAACGGAAACAUUGAUUCGUGGGGACACCGACGCUCUUAGACACUGAAACCAAUAUAGAUAGCGACGAAAACAAUAUUGAUCUCAUUGGUUACGCAUAAUAUCAGACAUUUCACUCGGGUAUGAGUGAACAAUAACAAAAACAACAAACGGGAUCGUGCAAGCGAAGAUGCAUUCUCAUUAUAAUAUAAAUAGAAUUUAUAUAAUUAAGAAAUAACUGUUAUAAACGGUCGCAACAACAAAUCCACCACGAAGUAAUAACAUGAAAAUGACAAAAGGCAAACCCUAAGGAACAUAGACAAUCCAAACCCGAAUGACAGCUUACAAGAUGUUCAGUAUUUCAAAGAAAAACACCUGAACAUAACCAUCCAUUACAUUAUCAUUAUGUGCAUCUAAUUAUUCAUUAUGACAAUUUUAGAUAUAUGUAAAGAAUAUCUCGAGUAACACGAUUAAUUUUUGUGAAAAAAUAUGAAGAUGCGACUGAAAUUACUGAUUAUUCGGAGGCGAAUUUAGAUAAGGAGCCUAUUUUUUUAUAAUUGUACUCCGCAGAUAGGUAGAUUAUACUUUGAUUUAUGAGUAACUAGUCGAAAUCGGACUUGCUUUUGUUUCAAUGUAUUCCUCAUCACAUCUCUGUCUACUGAUCUACUAUUAAUAAAAACGGCUCCUUACAAGUUAA